ACGAAAGAAAGACACAAAGUGCGACAGAAGAAAAAAAGAGAGGGAGAGAGAGAAAGAAAGGUAUAUAAUCCAACAAGAAGAAGAUGGAUCAUGAUGACGGCGAUCUUGGUGGUAAACCUAUGCCGUCGUUAUCGUCCGAAGAUAGUUAUUCCACCACCAAAGAGGCCAUUAGUAAUAACAACAACAGCAACGAUGAUGAUGACAAUGUUAUCAUAAAUACAGAGGCCACGAAAACAAACGAUAACAACAACAGUGGCCCCGGGGUGAUAACAGCAGCAGCAAGUAAUGACGACGAAGACGAAGACGAUGAACCAGUGGCACCGAAGCGACGGAGAAGCGAACCUGUAAAUUCCAGAGACAGCAUGAUUAGUAAUAAUACUAAUAAAACGACAGAUUGUUAUGAUGACAUGUCAACAUCAUCAUCAGCAGCUUGUAGGGAGAGUGUCGAAACUGGUGCAAUGACCACCGAUUCUGUUGAUAAUAAUACUGACGACGACGACAGCAACAAUAAUCAUCUGUUAACUAGUUCGAUCUCGACUGUAAGCAUUACCGAUAAUAAUAAACACUUUCAUAAUAACCAACAACAACAACAACAACGAGGUCGCAGUAGUAUGGAAGAUGAAGAAGAAAAUGAUGUUAUUUCUGAUGAUAAUAACAACAACAAUAAUAAUAAUAAUAAUAAUAAUAAUAAUGAUGAUGAUGAUGAUGAUGGUGGUGGUGGUGAUGAUAACAACAUCAAUAAUGGUAUGUCGACCGGCGGUGUAAGAACUUCUUAUGAUGAGACGACAAUGUCGAGAAAAGUGAGCGAUGGUGGUUGUGUUGUUGUUGGUGGUGGUGAUGAAAGCAAUGCCGAUAGUGAAAAUAACUUCUCUCGUGUGUCGAUCGCCGCCGCCGCUGCCGUAACGACAUCACGACAACCACAAGAAACACAAGGUGCUACCGCCGUUGCAGCCUCUGCCACCGCCGCCGCCACCGCCACCACCAUAAACAACAUCGACGGCGAUGACACUACCACCACCGCCGCCAACACCACCACCACCACCAGCACUAUCAACAGCGACGCCACUCCUACCCGCAACAUCUCCGCCUCCUCCUCCUCCUGCGUUACCGUUGCUGCUGCUGCUGUUUCCGCUGACGGAUCGGCGAUAGUAAAGUCGGCGGGAUUAACUUGUAGUGCAAAGGACAAUACCGCCUCGAACGGUGGUGGUAGUUGUAGUCACCUUAACAACAACAACAACACUAGUACUACUACUGCUACUACUACUAGUAGUAGUAGUAAUAGUUCUACUAUUACUACUACUACUACUAUUAUUAGAAGCCGUACCUCAUCUACUUCUUGUUCUUCGUCUUCUUCUAUGGCGGACGGUGAUGGUGGAGUCGAAGGAGGAGGUGCGAACCUGGCAACGGGUGCCGCCGUCGCUUCAUCAUCGUCGUCGUCAUCGUCAUCAUCAUCAACAACAACAUCAUCUUCCACUGCCAGUAGUACAGAUAUGCAACAACAGCAACUGCAGCAGCAGCAGCAUCAACAACAACAACAGCAGCAAAACACGGUGGACAAACAACAACAACAACAACAAAAAGCAGUGGCAGCGGCCGUAGCGACAACGACAUCCUCCACCACCACCGCCGCCGCCGCCACCAUCAUCGUGACAGGAGGUGGUUGCAGUGCUUCUGUGCUGGCGGCCGACACUACGACUACGCCAGGCGUCGUCGUCGUGGGAGGAGCGGGCGCAGUAGUUGUUGCUGACCUGACAGCAAGGGGCUCGCCGUCGCCGCCGCCGUCGUUGACACCACCGGCACAAUCACCACCACCACAACAACAACAGCAACAACCACAACCACAAAAACAAGCGGCAUUGUCGUCGUCGUCGUCGUCGACGUUCACAGCGUCCACAAGUUCGCUCCUGUCGGCGACGUCAGCGACGUCGCAAUUAUCAGCAUCAUCAUCAUCAUCGUCACCAUCAUCAUUACUACCACCACCACCACCACCACCACCAGCAGCAUCAUCAUUGUCGUCGCCGACGUUGACAAUGACACUUGCGGCCAAACCGACGGACGAUGGGGGUGAAAGUGCAGGAUCAAGUACCAGUAGGCACCACCCCCAUCAAUCCCAACAACCACAGGAUCAAAACUCUACCACGACGACGACGACCACCACCACCACCGCCACUACCACCGCCGCUGUCAGCACCAUCACCCCCACCACAACCACAACUACUACAUCUAGUACUACCACCACCACUACUACUAGCAGUGCUAUAACCACUAAUAUUAACAACAACAACAAUCAGAGCCUAACUCAACAACAACAACAACAACAAGCGGCUGGCAUGGCAUGUACCAUGUGUGGGUCAGGAUUCAAAGAACAAGCCCCCAAACUUUUACCUUGUCUACAUCAACUUUGUGAUAUGUGCUUGAAGAAUGUCAAGUCGGACUCUGACUGUUUGAAAUGUCCAACAUGUUCCAUGGAAUUCCCAGGAGCAGCUAUCAUAAACAACGAAUUCUACCUGGAGAGUAAAAUCAAUUCUAAUGAAGAGACUGAAGAUGUCAGUUUUUUGUGUACUGCAUGUGAGGAGGGUGACUCAGCUACAUCCUUCUGUGGAGACUGUGGAGAAUGGCUGUGUAAGCAAUGUGUGCAAGCGCACAAAAGAGUCCGAGUUACUAAGGACCACACGGUGGUCACAAAGGAAGAGGCAAUCCGUAAUCAGAACAUCAGCAGUGAAAAGACUGUCUAUUGUAAACUGCACAAGCAGGAACCCCUUAAGUUAUUCUGUGAAACCUGUGACAAGGUAACCUGCCGAGACUGCCAGCUUCUUGAACACAAAGAACACAAGUACUUAUUUGUGCAUGAGGCAUCAAACAAGGAGAAGCAGAUUCUUAACCAGCUGUUGAUGAAAGCGAAAGAAAAGCAGGGGCAGAUAAAGCAAGCUAGGCAACUUCUCAAACAGAGACACACAGACAUCCGGGAUCGCGAGCAGAUCGUCGUCUACGAAAUCAAGAGCCUCGGGGAGAAGAUAACCCAAGAGGUGAUGAGGCGGCUGAAGAACGUCAUGUCUGAAUUAGAUUUUGCCUGUCGGCAAAAGAAGGACCACUUGGUAAAGCUGACCAACGAAGUGAACUACUUGGAUGACAGGACAACACACUGUGUCGCUUUUGUGGAAGAUGCCAUUAAGACUGGCAGCAGCCUGUCGCUGUUGUAUACCAAGAAUUACAUGAAGAAAAAUCUGAAGAAAUUAAUUGACUCGCCCUUGCGUGUCCCUCACCCAAAUCAUAAAGUCGACAUCCAGUUUACAUAUAAUAUUGAUGACCUUGUAGUUGCCAUCAAAUCUCUGGGCUCGCUACAAAUUGACGGCCGGCAUUACGGUAAGCUCCCAAUGAUGGUUGCUGCUGCUGCCGCCGCGGCCUCCGCCUCUUCGAAUCAGGGCCAGGAGCCCAGCAGUCCCGUUAUCACUAAGGCCACUAGCGGACAGCCACUGGACAAUCGCUACUAUGUUGGUCCCAUAUCGACAGACCACCAGCGAAUACUCAUGCAAAAGCUGCAUGAAAUGCAGAGGAAAACUCAACAGCAGCAGCCACAACAACAACAGCAACAACAACAACAGCAGCAACAACAGCAGCAACAACAACAGCAGCAGCAGCAGCAACAGCAGCAGCAGCAACAGCAACAGCAACAGCAAAUUUCUUCUUUAAAUAAUCUUCAAUCAAGUAGUGGAUCUAGUAGUAAUGGUCCCCAAGUGUCUAAGACCUUGUCAAAUGGACCUAGUAGCAGUCUUAAUGCUAAUGCCCUUGUCAAGACUAACUCUGUUUAUUACCCACCAUCUGGUGUUCCUGCUGGACAAUUUUCCACACACCCAAGGUUUUUGACUUUGGCCCAGUUACAACAAUCUCACAUCCAACAUCAGAUACAGCAGCAGCAACAACAGCAGCAACAGCAGCAGCAACCUCAGCCCCCACCACCUCCGCCCCCGCCACCACCACAACAGCAGUCACAGUCCCUCUCCUCUCAACAGCAACAGCAGCAGCAGCAACAGCAACAGCAACAACAGAGUUCCACUGUGAUGCACCGACCUUUAGUGCAACAACAUCCACAUCGACCUCCGCCACCUCUCUAUCCCAGCAAUGCGCAACAGAAAUCUGCCCCCGGUGACAAUUCCGAUUCAAGAACUUCGUUCAAUGGGUCACUUGUAGGUUGGACUGCUGCGUUAAGUCGUAUUAAAACCCCCGAGAACCUUGUUGAGAAAACACCACUCAAUGCCCUUCGAGGUCAGAUUCAGCACAUGCUACAGCGCAGUCCCCAAACUAGCAACGUAGAUAUGUCGCCAGGUUCUCAUUCCGACAUGAGUUCACACAGUUGGCCAGACAUGGCAAAGAACGGCACACCGCCACCAAGACCUGCAAGUUCUGAUUGCUCAAAAUCCAGUAUCCAACUAUUAAAAGUGAAGCGAGAGAAGACAAGCAGUUCCUGUUGUAAUGGGGGACCAACUCUGGUAAAUAAAUCCACCCCAAAUCUAGAGAAGGCCCUGAACAACUUACCUUUGGAUACCUCUGAUCUCAUCCCCUCUCACAUGUCUGAGAAUUUGUCUACCACAUCGUCUGUUGGGCAGCAACAACUGCAGCAACAGCAGCAGAAGCCACAGCAGCAGCAACAGCCGCAGCAGCACCAUCAACAACAACAGUCACAACAACAACAACAGCAGCAGCCACGACCACCGUCACAGCCAUCUCAGCAGCAACAAACUUCCCAGCAACCACACAAACAACAACUGCUUCUACAGCAGCAACAGCAGCGGACGAUACCACAGCCUCAAAAGCAACCCCACCCCCCACCGUCCUGUAAUUUAGAUGAUGCUGGCAGUGAUGAUCCCAAUGAAGACUAUUGUGCUUGCUGUCGCAAUGGUGGCGAGCUCCUCUGUUGUGAUUCCUGCCCAAAGGUUUUCCAUCUGCAGUGCCACAUUCCUGCAUUGAUGGGAGCUCCAAGUGGUGGCUGGAACUGUACAUUCUGUGAAGAUCCUGAAGUUAUUGAUGAACCAACCUUAAAUGAUUACCUUGUAGGUGGUGGAACAAAACGGAAAGUUCCAACAGGGCUGCAUGGCAAAGAACUCAAGGUGUGUGAACGAGUUCUUCUUGAGCUGUUCUGCCACAGUGCCAGCACUGCAUUCCAUGAACCAGUGAGUAAAGCUGUUCCUAACUACUAUAGAAUUAUCACGAAUCCAAUGGAUUUCACGACGAUAAAAUACAAACUUUCUCGGCAACACUUCAACCAUUACAAAGAUGUCGAACGCUUCAUCGCGGAUAUCAAAUUAGUUUUCAAGAAUUGCUCACUGUAUAAUUCCGAUUCUUCAGAAGUUGGCAAAGCUGGUAAAACAAUGGAAGCUUUCUUUCAAGAACUGGUGAAAAAGUACCUUCCGUGUUACACAUCGCUGCUCUAUCGGGAGCUGAAAAUCUAUGAGGACAAUUCCCCUGAUUCAAAUGUGAAACGAAUUCGAACGGACGAGAUGCCAUCGUCUUCCUCUCCUUGUCUCUUGUAACAAACAAAUAACAACACAAAACAAAACAAAACAAAAUUUAUCAAAAAAAAAAAUUACAACAAAAAAGACAAAACCAAACAUGGGGGGGCAUGUGUGGU